GGACACUCUGUGCAAAGUCCUGACCAUGGCCACCCGUCACGUAGUGACAAUCCAGCCUGGCUUCUGCACCCCACAGCCCAGCAAGUGGCACACGGGGCUGUUGGACUGCAUGUCUGACUGCAGCGUCUGCAUCUGUGGAGCCUUCUGUUAUCCCUGCCUGGGCUGCCAGGUGGCCAACGCCAUGGACGAGUUCUGCCUGUGUGGCGGCAGCGUGGCCAUGCGGACGCUGUACCGCACCCGCUACAACAUCCCGGGCUCCAUCCUGGGUGACUACUACUCGGUGCUGUGCUGCCCCAUGUGCUCUCUCUGCCAGCUGAAGAGAGACAUUGACUAUCGGAAAGAGCAGCGCACCUUCUGAUGCUGCUCCCCUGCCUGUGAAGUUGAUGCCGCCCUUUAGGACUGUUUGGUUUGCUGUGUUGUUUUUGGUUUUGUUUUUUUUCCCCUACUGAUUUUUUCCCCUCCCUCCCCUCUUCAGUAAUGCAAUCAAUAAAUAGCAGUGCUUGCCCUCA